AUGUCUCGCUAUGGCCCGGAGACGGUAUCCGACCCAGCGACGGCCGUGCCCUCGCGAGCACCGUCUGAGGCCAUCGAUAUGCAGGACACUGAAAAACAUCAACACCAGAACACCGGCAUCAACGUUCACAACGCUGAAAAACAGUUCAACGACCUCGCCCGUCGCUUGACUCGCCAGAGCACACACCAUGACGAAAAAGGCGGCUCGGACCCUGACAUCGAGAAUCAGCAGCCCUUCGACCUGCUCGAGUACCUGCGUUCCACCUCAGGCAAGCAGAACCAGGCAGGUUUUGCUCACAAGCACGUCGGAGUCACCUUCCACGACCUGCGCGUAAUCGGUGUCGGAGGUGUCAAGAUUUACGUGCGAACCUUUCCUGAUGCCGUAAAGGAGUUCCUGCUCUCACCUCUCUAUAUCGCUGCAUCGCUACUGGGCAAGAAGCCGAGUGCGCCAAAGACGAUCUUGCACUCGUUCAAUGGUACUGUCCGACCCGGCGAGAUGGUUCUUGUCCUGGGACGUCCUGGGUCCGGAUGCUCUUCGUUCCUCAAGACAAUCGCGAACCAACGCGGUAGCUUCCUUGAGGUCACAGGUGAUGUGCGGUACGCUGGGAUUGGGGCUCAGGAGUUCGGCAAGCAGUUUGCUGGCGAGACUGUAUACAACAUGGAGGGCAAGUGGGAUGACAUUCACUACCCGAUCUUGACGGUUGCACAGACGCUUCAGUUUGCACUGAGCCUCAAGUCUCCCGGGCGGCGUCUUCCUGAACAGACUCGGGCUCAGCUCAACGACGAGGUUCUGGACAUGCUUCUAUCUAUGCUCAAUAUCACCCACACCCGUAAUACAGUUGUUGGUAACGAAUUCAUGCGGGGAGUCUCAGGAGGGGAGCGGAAGCGAGUGUCUAUUGCCGAGAUGAUGGCAACUCGCGCAUGCGUCCUGUCCUGGGACAACUCCACUCGCGGUCUCGACGCCUCCACUGCUCUCGACUAUGCCAAGUCUCUUCGCAUCAUGACCGACAUCUUCAAGCUCACCACCUUCGUCUCUCUCUACCAAGCCGGCGAGGGCAUCUACGACCAGUUCGACAAGGUGCUGCUGAUCGACGAAGGUCGUCAGGUGUACUUUGGACCUGCCAAGGAGGCACGGGACUAUAUGCUGUCGCUUGGGUUCCGCAACUUGCCUCGUCAGACGACUGCGGACUACCUUACCGGCUGCACUGACCCAAACGAGCGUGCAUUUGCUGAGGGUCGGUCUGAGGUAGAUGUGCCGUCGACUCCGGACCAGCUUGCUGAAGCGUUCGAGCGAAGCAAGUACUGGUCGCAGAUGGUUGCGGAGCGCGAAGCGGUAGAGGAGGAAUGGCGACGGGAAGAGAACGAGGCGUCUGGUGCGCGGGGGCAGUUCCUGCAGGCGACGAAGGAGGAGAAGCGGAAGCAUGUGUCUCGGAAGGACCCGCACGUUGUUACGUUCUUGAGCAUGGUGAAGACGCUUGUGUGGCGUCAGUGGCUGAUGCAGAUCCAGGACACGUUUUCCAUCGUCACGAGCUUUGCUACAGCCAUUAUCAUCGCUAUUCUGGCUGGUACUCUUUAUCUCAACUUGCCCCUCACCUCUGCUGGCACGUUUACUCGUGGAGGGGUCCUUUUCUUUUCGCUAUUGUUUAAUGCAUUCAGCGCUUAUAGUGAACUGCCUGCAAUGAUGGCUGGUCGACCAAUCCUGUACAAGCAGCUAUCUUAUCGGUUCUAUCGAGCGAGCGCAUUAUCCGUCGCACAGACAAUCACCGAUAUUCCACUCUCCGCUCUCCGAAUUCUGAUAUUCUCGAUCAUCACCUACUUUAUGUGUGGUCUUCAGCGAAGCGCAGGUGCAUUUUUUAAAUAUUAUCUCUUUAUUUAUGUUACGUUCCUGGCUAUGUCUGCCUUUUUCCGCCUAAUUGGCAUUAUCUGCAAGAGCUAUGAUACCGCUGCUCGCUUAGCAGCGGCUAUUUUCAUGCCCAUGAUGAUCUACUCGGGCUACAUGAUUCCAGUUUAUGCUAUGAAACGAUGGCUAUUCUGGAUCUGGUACCUCAACCCGACCAAUUACGGGUGGGCAGCAAUGAUGGAGAACGAGUUUUACCGCAUUGACAUGACUUGCGAUGGCGAUUAUAUUAUUCCCCAUAACGCCGGAGAUGUCACUAAAUAUCCUACGAUUCUCGGGCCUAAUCAAGUCUGCACUCUUCUCGGAGCAUCUCCUGGCCAAAUUCGGGUAUCUGGUGAUGUAUACAUUGAGGCAAACUACGAAUAUCAGAAGUCGCAGAUUUGGCGCAAUUUUGGCAUCCUUGUGCUAUACUGGCUUGGCUUCAUUGUUUUACAGAUCUUAGCUAUGGAAAGAUUUAGGCAAGUGCUGGUUCUUGAACCAUUGGGACAUGGUGCCAAUGAAACGCCAACAACUAUCUAUGCGAAAGACAACAAAGAAACUGAUGAACUCAAAAAAUGCUUGAAGGAACGCAAAGCCUCGGCUCGCAAAGGACAAGACGAUGAGAAUAUCGUUGUAACCGAAUCAACCAAGGCUUUCACCUGGGAGAACCUCGACUACACUGUCCCUGUUCCCGGUGGCACUCGUCGGCUCCUCAAGACCGUCUUUGGCCAUGUCAAGCCUGGUACUCUCACCGCUCUCAUGGGUUCUUCCGGAGCCGGCAAGACCACCCUGCUCGAUGUCUUGGCCGGUCGCAAGACCAUCGGUGUCAUCCACGGUGACGUCCUCAUCGGCGGCGAGCGCACUGGUAUCGCCUUCCAGCGUGGUACCGCAUACUGCGAGCAGCUCGACGUCCACGAGUCCACUGCCACCGUCCGCGAGGCUCUCCGCUUCUCCGCAUAUCUCCGCCAGCCAUACGACGUCUCGAAGGAAGAAAAGGACGCAUACGUAGAGGAGGUCAUUGCUCUGCUCGAGAUGGAGGACAUUGCCGAUGCCAUGAUCGGCCAGCCUGGUGUCGGACUCGGUGUCGAAGCUCGCAAGCGUGUGACGAUCGGUGUGGAGCUGGCAGCCAAGCCUCAGCUACUGCUGUUCUUAGACGAGCCGACGUCGGGCCUUGACGGGCAGUCUGCGUACAACAUUGUUCGGUUCCUGAAGAAGCUAGCCGCAGGGGGACAGGCGAUCCUGUGCACGAUCCAUCAGCCUAACGCGCUUCUGUUUGAGCAAUUCGACAACCUGCUUCUGCUGCAGCGUGGGGGUGAAUGCGUGUACUUUGGACCUAUCGGCAAGGACAGUCAACAUCUGGUGAAGUACCUGGACGAGCGUGGGGCGCACUGCCCUGCGGAUGCGAAUCCUGCGGAGUUCAUGCUGGAAGCUAUUGGUGCUGGGUCUCGGGAACGGAUUGGGCCGACUGACUGGGCGGAGCUAUGGCGGCAGAGCGAGAACUUUGCUCGUGUGAAGGAAGAGAUUGCAGAGAUCAAGGAGGAUGCAGCACGGCAAGUGGCAGUAGUGGAUCCGAAUGCGAACAAGAAGUACGCGACGCCGUUCAUGUACCAGCUGAGGGUGGUAUCGGAGCGCACUCUUACUGCUUUCUGGCGUCAGCCUGAUUACGGCUUUACUCGCUUAUUCACCCACGGCGUUAUCGCGCUGAUUACUAGCUUGACAUUCCUGCAGCUAGGAAACUGGGCUCAGGAGCUACAAUACCGCGUAUUUACAAUCUUCAUGGCAAUCAUGCUCCCACUGGUCAUCGUCUCUCAGGUCGAACCGAUGUUCAUUGCUGCACGAAUGACAUUCAUUCGCGAAUCAUCGUCUCGGAUGUAUUCUGAGUUUGCUUUUGCUCUCGGACAAGUCAUGGCUGAAAUGCCCUACUCAUUGCUCUGCGCAGCCGUGUAUUUCCUCCUCUUCUAUUAUCCCGCAGGCUUCCAGUACACUUCGGACCGGGCUGGCUAUCAAUUUCUCAUGUUCUUGGGUAUCGAGAUAUUUUCUGUGACACUUGCGCAGAUGAUAGCUUCUUUAUCACCGACAAUCCUCAUUGCGGGGUUACUUAACCCUUUUGUCAUGGUCACCCUUCACACGUUUUGUGGCGUCAUGGUGCCUAGGGAUUCGAUUCCCAAGUUCUGGCGUGCCUGGCUAUACCAGAUCGACCCAUUCACACGUGUGGUAUCAGGCAUGGUGUCUACCGAGUUACAUGGCCUCAAGAUCACUUGCUCGGCCCUCGAGUUCGCUGUCUUCCAGCCUCCUCAGGGACAGACAUGCCUUCAGUGGGCUGGCGACUUUGUUAAUGUCAGCGUGGGCUACUUGGAUAACCCUGAUUCGACCUUUGAUUGCCGCUACUGCCCAUAUGAGUAUGGUGAUGACUUCUACAAUAGGCUUGGGAUCUCAUUUGAUACUCGUUGGCGAGACUUUGGCAUUGUGAUUGCGUUUACGGUGUUCAACAUCAUCGUUACAUCGAUCGCAUCGAGGGUGUUCAAGUUCUCAAAACGAUAA